AUGUCUCUCUCCCCACCACUACCACCAUCGCCACAAACGCCCCUCUCCCUCCCACCCUCAAAUCAAAACCCCAAAAAGCGACCGCUAAGCAUGCCCUCUGCCGUUCACAUCUCCCAUAAGAAAGCGCGAAUGCACCCACUCCGCCAGACGUCCUUCCCUUCCUCUCAGGACUCCGAUCCGCGUGUCUACAGCGCCAGAGCUGCCAGUGUGAAAUCUGAAGCGGACGGCGGGAGCGCUACGGGGAGCGUUACGGGGUUGUUUGCGGGGAGUGUAGAUGGGUCUGGGAAUGCUAGGGGGAAGAAGAGGAAGAAGGGGGGUGCCGGGGGCAGAAAGGAGAAGGAGACGGAGACGGAGAGAGAUGGGACGGCGAGCGUAAGGGGAACUACUGUUGAUGGAGGUGUAGAGGUGGAUGGUGGUGGUGAGGAGGUGGAAGAAGAUGGGGAUGGAGAUGAGGGGGACAUGGAGGAGGUAGAGGGGGAGGGGGAAGACGGGGAUGGUCCUGGGACGGCGAGGGAGGCGGAGGCGGAGAGGAAGAAUCUUGCGAUCCUCAUCGAUGCCUUUACACCCGCCCAGUCGACGAGAUAUGAUUUCUUCAAACGGGCUAAAUUGAAUAAACCUAUGGUGCGCAAGAUUGUGAAUCAGACACUGUCUCAAUCGGUGCCACCCAAUGUCAUUACGACUAUCAGCGGAUAUACGAAGGUGUUUGUCGGGGAGUUGGUGGAGAAGGCACGGACCGUGCAGGAAGAGUGGGCUGAGGCGGCGGAUAGGGCUGCGUACGCUGAGUAUGAAGCUGAGCUAGCGAGGGAGGAGGAAAAAGAGGAGGAAGAGGCCCCUGCUCGUUCCCGCGAACAAGCAGUUACUACGGCAUCUACGCAAUCCACGCAACUAACUACCACCACUGCUACAAACACCAUCAUGGACAGUCCGACACGGACAAUCCAAUUGAGUAGCAGCACAGCAGCCACUGAUAUGCCUUCUAGCAAAACAGAUUUAACAGGGAAUGGCAUAGCUGUUGUGAAAACAGAAUUGUCCUCUUCCAGCAGCAGCACCACUGCCAAUGACAUUCUCAAGUCAACCACUACCCCACCCUCCCCAUCAACCCAGCCGCAAUCACAACCACAGACACAGGCAGAGCUAAAGCGCAAACAAAGACCACCCUUCAAACCACCCCCAAAUCCUCAUCGCGGACAACUCCUCCCUUCUCACCUGCGCGAGGCGCUUAGACGGUAUAAGCGCGAUGGCGAAGGUGGUGGGGUAGGCUUUGGUGGGUUGAGCAUGGGUGGCAUGGGUGUUAAAGGAUCAUUUUCGUGUGGCAUUCGCGGGGUGGGAGGGAGGAGGUUGUUUCGGUAG